AUGCUGGCCUCUCGAGACCUGCUCCGACAUGUUCCUCUGAUUUCGUUCUUGGAUGCAUACCCCGAACCUGCGUUUAUUCUAUGUACAAAUACUCUGCCGCAUUCGUCGUUGGAGUUUAUGUAUGGAAAUCAUGCACUUCACUCUAUUUUAUUCGGCCACGAUGAUACCGCUGUGCUGGAUGACCAGGGCUUUUUUUCGGCGUUAAUAUCUGAUCAAGAUGUUUUCUGGUUGGGUGAUCCAUUUGGGAGUCGUUCACCUAUCACUCCUCACCCAUCGCGCACCGUGGCUGGAGAUUCACGCAAAAUCACUAUUCGCCCGGAUUGGCUUCCUCGAGAUCAUACACCUCUUGACCUGGAAUUGACUCCAACGCCUAUAGAUUUGCCUGUGAUUAUACCUGGGGUUGGUAGUACUACACAUUCAUAUGUAUUCAUUGCAUCUCCUCGAAGAGCGCCAAUGAACCUCUUACGAUCUGAGGCACAUACCGAACUUCAACUCCGUCGAGAUCCGGGUCUGCGGCUAAAUGACUUCCCACCACUCCCAUCGUCCUCAGGGACACGUAUUCGGUCAAGGCAGAGCAAGUCCGAGUCCACGUCCUGGGUGUCACAGCCGAUACCAUACGUGGGUGUAGCCGACCUCCCUUCGCGAAUGAUAGAAACAUUUCCUUGGGAAAAAACUUCUCUAGGGCCGAGAGAAUCCUGGCCGAUGACACUCAAACUAAUGAUCCAGUACCUCAUGGAGAAACCUAUCCCUAGUUGUAUCUUCUGGAGUUGGCCCGAUCAAGUGAUGAUCUAUAACGAUACAUACGCCAAAAUGAUUGGUUCAAAACAUCCGGGAUCCUUCGGUCAGGUCGGAAGAAUUGCAUGGGGAGAGCUAUGGGAUAUGCUGAUACCUGUGUCUGAACAAUGUCGCAGGGGAAAAUCUACGCGUAAAAACGAUGACCAAUUAUUUUUCAAUUCGCUGACCGAACUCCACCUACCAGAAGAGGUAUAUCAUACUUGGCAUUGGACCCCAAUUUGGCAGGAGGAUGGUACAAUCGGGGGUGUCUGGAAUAGCACAUUGGAAACCACGCAAAAGGUUAUCGCCGAACGGCGUUUAAGUGGCAUCUCUGAAUUAUCCGCCAGAAUGUCCGACGCUAGGACCCAGGAGCAAUUUGGAGAACGCACGAUGGAAGUUUUAUCGAGGAAUCCCAUUGAUUUGCCCUUUGUCGCGCUUUAUUGGUGUGAAGUAGAAAAUGUUUCGGCAAUCGCAGCUCCUGUCAAGUAUGGAGCCCCAGCACUAGCUAGCACGUAUCUCCGGCAUCAUACUGAGACACCUACCAAUGUAAAAUUAACACUCACCAGCUCACUUGGUAUACCAGACGGGCAUCCAAUAGCCCGACAAGUAAUCAAAUAUACACUCGAUCCAGUCACAUAUCGGCCUAUUCAAGUGCUAUCUGAGCCUGAUAAUAUCGAGUCUCCGGCCACUGUGACCGAGGCCACCCCACGUUUGUCGAUGUUUGGAUCCCCCAUGGGCUCGGUCUCAAGCACAAUCCAUUUGCCACCCACUUCUCCGACUAAAGGCAUGGAGUUGGGGAUAGAUUUGUCAAAGAUUUUUGCAUCUGGGACCGUGGAGCUUAUCGACCCCCUUCCUUCCCAGUUAGCCCAAGGUCUCGACGGACGCGGGUUCAAAGAUAUACCUCGCGCGGCCGCUCUACUUCCAAUUAAUAUGUAUUCUCAGAAUCGCAGCCGCCACAACGGAAGAUUGCUACCUUACGCCGUUCUCUUGGUGGGAUUAAAUACGCGCCGACCCUACGACGCGGAUUAUGCAUCAUGGCUGGAAGGCAUGGCUGCAAAUUUGAGCAAUCAGCUGACGGUAGUUCUGCAACGCGAGGCCGAUAUGAAACUUAUUGAGGAACAAGAGAGAAUAGAUAAGGCAAAGACGAUGUUUUUCACCAACGUUUCUCACGCCCCAUUGGAACAACUUGCCGUGAGCGAGGGCGUCAGUCGUGAUCUACACUACAAGAUUCAUCUCGCCAUGCGAAAUUGCAAGCGCCUCAAAAAACUUGUCGAUUCGAUUAUGGAUAUGAGCAAGCUCGAGGCUGGCAAGCUCGUAGGGAGCUUUCGCCCCGUGCAGUUGGGUCGUAUUACGGCAGACUUGGCUGCGCUAUUCCGGAGCAUGGCAGAAAAAAAGGGGAUCGAGUAUCAAAUCUCCUGUGAUAUGGAGGAUGAGCCUGCUGUCUACGUUGAUCUAGACUUAUGGGAAAAGAUUGUCUGUAACCUGCUUUCGAAUGCAUUCAAAUAUACAUCCAAGGGCCGCGUUGGCCUAAGCGUCACGCACGAUACACUAUUUUCCUAUGUACGAGUUAGUGACACAGGUGUGGGCAUCCCACGAGAACAUAUCGAUGCCGUGUUUGAACGCUUUUUCCGAGCGGCCGAGGGAACCGGAGUAGGACUCUCGCUUACAAAGGAGCUCGUCUCACUUCAUAGAGGUCAUAUGAGUUUGUCUUCCCAGACCGAGCAGGAAGCUCCAGGCGAAUCAGGCAGUAUAUUUACCGUGACCUUGCCUCAUGGUUGUGUACAUCUCCCGGCUGCGCUUAUUCACGAGGGUGCAUCGAAUAUGAACGGUAUCUCUCGCAGAGAAAUGGAAUACUGGAUGGAGUUUGAGCAACCCACGCCAUCAUCUAACGCCUCGGCAAGCGAUGAAGCAGAAAGCGCCACGUCCUCAACAUUGUUUUUCGAGAAAGAAGACGUUGUGUUGGUGGUUGAUGAUAACGCCGAUAUGCGCGCAUAUAUCCGAAAAAUCUUUUCUCCUUAUCUGACGGUGACCGAGGCCAGAAACGGGAUUGAAGCGCUCAAGGUCGCCAUGUCCCAGAAAAUCAACCUGAUUCUCUGCGAUGUCAUGAUGCCAGGAAUGGAUGGACCUGAAAUGCUCCGGCGGCUACGUGGGGAACGAAAGACAAGGCUCUUACCGGUGAUCUUUGUUACCGCUUCUGACGAUGCCAAUUUGUUUGGGGGCCAGGCCGACGGCGUUGUUGACUGUAUUAGCAAACCAUUCAGAGUUCGAGACAUGCUAGCUCGCGUACACUUACAACUACAACUUGGGAAACGUCGUGUGAGGCUUGAAGAAGACUUCGAGGUCCGGUCUCACGAGCUGCAAGUCUUGACCGAUCUUUCGCCUGUUGGGAUAUUUAGGGUGGAUACCAAUGGAAAGCUCAUGUAUGUCAACCCUGCAUGGCAUCAAAUCACCGGAUUCCCCCAGGAGCGUGAUCGGGAUGAAUGGAUUGAUCACGUUCACCCAUCAAGUAAAUCAGAAAUGAUAAGGAUUUGGAGAGCAUGCUUCGAACAGGAAAAAUCAUCCAGUAUGCGCAUACAAUGGAACAGCAACUGUUGGACACAUGUGGCCAUAUCACCUCUGGUCUCUCCGGAUGGGGCGAUGUUGGGAGCCUUUGGUGCAAUAACAGAUAUCAACGAACAGCACCGAGCGGAAGAGGCACGGAUUGCUUUAGCGGAGGAAAGAGAGCAUAUAGCCGCGUCUAAGGCCGAGGAUGCAGAAGCACAGCGCCAACUUGAGGUGCAUCUAGAGCUUUUGAUCGAUGUCACGUCACACGAAUUGCGACAACCAGUAUCAGCUAUUAUACAAAACGCCGAGGUCGUCCGAACAAAUAUGAAGGGUCUCAGGGACCUUCUACACGAUUGCAAAAAACGCAAUAUGUGCUAUGCUCCAACAGACCGAAUGCUGGCCGAACUGGAGGACGAUUUGCAGGCAAUGGACAGUAUCACACAAUGUGGACUGGCACAAGCUCGCAUUGCAAAUGAUGUUUUAAGUCUGUCAAGGAUCCAACUUAAUGUUCUCUCGAUCAUUCCAACGGAAUUCGACAUCAAGCAAGAAACAAGUCAAAUCCUCAUGGUAUUCCGAAACGAACUUAUGUCCAAGGAUAUCGGCUUUGAGCUCGACUUGGGCCGCGGGAUAGAUAUCUAUGGACUACAAAUGAUCAGUACGGACCGAAGUAGAUAUGCACAAAUCAUUACCAAUUUGAUGUCCAACGCGAUUCGAUUCACUGAUAUGAGCACUGGAUCCCGACACAUCAAAGUGGCACUGGAGCUCUCACUGGACCCGCCAUCAGAUGAAAGUUGUGCGCCUCCGCCACUCCGAACAGGACGUUCGCUCUCGCAUAGUUCAAUGGAUUUUGAGUCAAAUGAUCUACCGGUGUACGUCUAUGUGUCGGUACAAGAUUCUGGCCCAGGUCUACAAAAGGAAGAUCUUGCUUUGCUAUUCCAAAGGUUCCAACAGGGCUCGAAUGCUCAUCAUGUAUUUGGUGGUUCCGGUCUCGGCUUAUUCGUGUGCCGCCAACUAUGCAACCUUAUGGGUGGUAGAAUUGAGGUCGUCAGUCACAUAGGCGAAGGAGCAAUUUUCCGCUUCUUUAUCAAAGCAGCUGCUGCUGCAGGCCGUAUCCCUCGCCCCCCAAGACCUAUUGGAAUACGGGCGAAGCGCUCAUCAUCAGUCCAAUCGAAAGGAAGCGCCGUGUCUAAGUCCUCUGCCAGAUCUGGUCACCGACCACUGCCUGAGACACCAAACCUUCAGAAUAACCGCCCUCUGCAUGUUUUGAUCACCGAGGACAACAAAAUCAACCAGACGGUUUUGGCGCGACAGAUGAAAAGAGCAGGAUUUACCUAUGCCCUAGCAUCGAAUGGACUGGAGGCUAUUCAGGCAAUUGACAAAGUCGACUCUCAGACAGAAACCCCGAAUGAUUUAAGCACUCGAAAAUUUGACAUGGAUCUCGAAAUGCCGGUAUUGGAUGGCUUCGCUGCGACCCGCGAAAUCCGUAGAAGGGAGGCAGUUCACAGUCUGAAAACACGUAGUUUUAUUAUUGCGCUGACCGGCAAUGCGCGCCGAGAGCAAGUUCAGUCGGCCAGGGAUGCUGGGGUCGAUGACGUGAUGAUCAAGCCUUAUCAAAUAGAUGGACUCAUAUCAAAGAUGCGAGCGGGAUACCAAGCCAAGACAGAUACCACUGAUUGA